UUCUAUAUUAUAUUAUAACGUAAGAUUAAUUAUUUACAUAUAAAAAUGAGAAAUUCCACGGUUCAAGUGUCCCCGUUAUAUUUCAACGUGGCUGAAUAUUGCUUGUUUGGAAUUAAUUUGGGUGUUGUGAUUGGAAUUAUUUUAUACUUUUUGUUCGUGAAUAAUAAAUACAAUACCGUUUCUGGGUUCCUUUUCGGCGGGAAGAAUAUGUCAGUUGUAUCAAUUUCUUUGGGUUUGAUUGCCAGUCACUUGACCAGCAUUACGCUACUGGGUGUGCCAGUAGAAAUAUAUUUAAGAGGCACGCAGUACUGGGCUUCAGCGCUGUCUCUUAUCUUUGUGACUUUCUUAACGGCUGUAAUUUAUUUACCGGUAUUCCAUAGACUUCAGCUAUCAUCAAGUUUCGAAUAUUUAGAAAUAAGGUUCUCUACCCACACACGGACGGUUGCGGCGGUUUUGUUUGUUGUUAGUAAGCUGAUGUUGCUGCCAAUUGUGCCAUAUGUACCUUUACUGGCUUUUCGAUUGGUUACAAAUCCUCUAGCUAGUCGUAUAACGGCUGUGAUAUGCGUCGCGUGUUCCACACUCAUCGCGAUUGGAGGCCUUCGUGCUAUAAUCAGCAUUGGCAUCGUGACCACUUUCCUGGCAUUGGCUGGUACUGCUUUGCCGAGUGGUCUGGCAUUACUGCCAAUGGGCUUUAAGAGGAUGUGGGAAAUAUCUAGCCACGGAAGUAGAUUAGUUUUCUACGACCCGGAUCCGGAACUAGCUCAUCACACGUCCUUCUUCGUGGUGACAUUGGCCCUUAGCACGAACUGGCUCUGGAAAAUAGCACUCAGCCAAUCAUCUGUGCAAAAACUGUUAGCGGUUCCGACAAUCAGUAAAGCGAGAAUAUGUUUGGCAAUCUCUUGUGUUGGAAUAAUACUUAUGAAGAUGCUGUCUUGUUUUCUGGGACUAGUUAUAUACGCUUGGUUUGCAGGCUGUGAUCCAUUACUCACUGGACAGAUUAAAAAACAUGAACAGUUAGUACCUCAUUUCCUGAAUCACUUAUCAACAAUGUUCCCAGGGAUUUGUGGUAUCUUUAUAAUAUCUAUCUUUAGCGCAACCACAGGGUGUAUUGCGUCUAUCAUAAAUUCAAUAUCAGGGGUAGUGUUUGAAGAAUUUAUACGACCGUGGAUGCCACAGAGUACAAAUGAACAAGCUUGCUGCAGAAUUAUGAAGUUUCUGUGCAUUAUGGUUGGUCUAUACUGUGCUUGUGUAGUGUGGCUAGCUCGGGAAUUAGACCGUCUCCAGCACGUGGCUUCCGGAGUAACGGGUGUAACUGCAGGAACUCUUCUUGGCCUUUUUACCCUGGGCAUAGUCUUCUCACGAGCGAAUUGUUCUGGCGCCUUGAGCGGAUGUCUCUUGAGUCUCGUACUCUGUGGCUGGCUGCUUAUAGGGGCUGAGAACGCUCUAGCCACGGGGGCAUUGACCUUCCAGGGUAAGCCGUUAGUUACCACUGGAUGCGGCAAAGCUAACUUCACACACAUUUUGGUGAAUGUGACAACAGUAAUACCGAACGCUGCCAGGCAAUUGCCAACAAAACCACUUCAAUCUCUCUUCCGAAUAUCCUUCACGUACUGUCCGUUUGCUGGCGCUGUGGCUGUUCUUCUGAUUGGAGUUCCCAUGAGCUACCUCACUGGCAAGUCGAAGGUCGAGUCAAUGAACCCUGAUGUCUUCUGUCCCCUUACACGGAGCUUCCUCCACAAGUUACCGGAUAGAAGCGCGACAGUGUCUUUGGAACUUCGACCCCCAAAUACCCAAGAUGUAUACAUGGCUUUAGAUGAAGCUUUAAAACAUUUGAAAGAUGUUAUAGACCGAUAAAUAAAGACUGCGAUUUUA